UCAAAUCGUCAGCUUUGGAUCUAAUGUAUUCUAUUCUUAUUCUUUUGAAUCAAAUAUCUGAUCAGUUAAAUUUCAAAUAUAAUCCUUGUCAAUAUCGAUUUAAGAUAUACUUACCAUCAGUAGUGUAAUUGAUGUGAAUUGAUUUAAUCUCAUUAUAAUCACAUAAGAUUUUUGUUUCCUCCUUUCUCUCAUUUAAACAGACAAAUUUCAAUGGAUAAGAUGGGACAGCAAAAUUCCAGCACAAUUACUGAGCUUGUACUUAUUGGAUUUUCCAAUCACCCCCAAGCUGAGAUCCCCCUCUUCUUCCUCUUCUCUCUGAUCUACUUGGUAAAUCUUUUUGGAAACACAGCCAUCAUCACCUUAGUGGUUUUUGAUUCCUUUCUCCACACACCCAUGUAUUUUUUUCUCUGUCAUCUCGCCUUCCUAAAUUUAUAUUUUAGCACACUUGUGGUCCCAAAAAUGCUUUUUAACUUCAUUGUAACCAGAAAAGUCAUAUCUUACAACUUCUGCCUUGCCCAGACCUACAUCACUUUAUUCCUGGAGGCAACUGAGUGCUUUCUGCUUGCAGUGAUGGCUUUGGAUCGCUAUGUGGCUAUUUGUUACUCACUUCGAUACCUGAUUGUCAUGAACUGGUCUGUGUGUCUGGCACUAUCUCUGGGGGCCUGGACCCUUGGCUUCUUUGCCUCAGUAGUGCCACUCUACUUCAUAAUCCUCCCACUCUGUGGUCCAUAUAUUGUUGACUAUAUUUUCUGUGAACUGCCCAUCCUUCUUCACAUGUUCUGUGGUGAUACAUCCCUGGAUGAGACCAUGAUGGUGGCAGGAGGGGCUGGAACCGUGUUAUUCCCCUUCCUCCUCAUUAUAUUCUCCUACCUCCACAUCUUGUUGGCUGUGAUGAGAAUAGACUCAGCUGAGGGCAGGAAAAAAGCCUUUUCCACUUGUACUUCUCACCUGACUGUGGUGACCAUAUAUUAUGGGACAGGGUUGGUCAGGUACAUGAGACCCAAGUCCCUUUACUCCGCAGAAGGAGAUAAACUGAUCUCCUUGUUCUAUGCGGUCAUCAACCCUAUGAUAAAUCCUUUUAUUUACAGCCUGAGGAAUAAGGAAGUGAAGGGGGCGAUGGGAAGAGUAAUGGAGAGAUACAAAAAAAGCCAACAAAUCACAGAUUAAAAUGUUUAGAGAUUAAAGACAACAUUUCAAACUUUUCGUUUACCUCCAAAUCACAUGAGACUAAACUCCUUCACUAGAAAUUCAGAUUCAGUAGACUUGCUUGUGAAGAUGGUCAUCAUAUUUUUCUAAAUGUAUCCAGGUAUUUACAGUUCAAGUUUUUCCUCUCUAUGAGUUAACAUUCAGACACAUUAGUCUAUAAAGUUUAAGAAUAUUGCCAUCAAAUACUUUUGUCAGUCAAAUACU